AUGAUCGCCAGCGCUUUCAUUUCAAUGGCAAAAGCAAUCCGCGAUAUCGUCCACGGCCGUCUCGAAAAGGAAGGCUUGGACAAAAUCCUCCUACCUCUCGCCGUCGAGCCAACGUCGCCCAACGUCCCCAUCUUCACGAGUGCCGACCUCGCUUCUACCUCGCGCGUAGUCGUAAUCUUUGGCGAGCCCAGCCAGGAUCUCGGCAACUUGGCCCUCCGCGUCGUCAACGGCCCCGGCGGCAUCAACAAGGGCAGCAUGGUCUCGGUCGUUCGGGAGAUCAACCGCCAGAGAGCUUCGCCUUCCGACGAUUGUCCCCCAGGAAUCAUUAUUGCCAACAUGGGCGAGUUAUGGUGGUGGCCCGAAGGCAAAAAGGCUCUGAGUCCGACUUCGGCCAUGGCUGUUCCUCGGAAGAGCAUGGUUCACCACGGCCGCGCCAAUAACCCAAGAUACCAUUCAAUCCCGAAGAACGAGAGCCCCGAAGCCCACAUUGCGUACGUUCUCAACGAGGUCAUUCCAUCCCUUCUAUCGCCGAACGCUCGCCUCGAUAUCAUCGGCAUAGGCCUCGGUGCCGACCACGCGACUAGAGUGCUGGACACACCCGAGACCUGGGCUGCCCUCGGCCACCGUAUCAACACCUUGUCCUUGCUGGGUAGCACAACAAGCAUCGAAGAACUCACUCACGAGCCAUUCAAAGAAUUCCUUCCUCGCCGCGCUCGUGCGUACAUCACAGAUGAAGCACCGGCCCUCACACCCAUAGCGCAGCCCGGCGGCAAUCCGAACACGGCUUCUUUCACGCAGCACGGCUGCACGGUCUACAGCUCCGGCGAAGUCUACCUCGUCGAGUGCAUGCUCGUCACUAGUCACGUCUCCAUGCUCGACUGGAUCCAAGAGGUCGCUCUCGCUGGUGCCGACUAUCACCACCCAGAGGUUGUCGCCGUUGACCCCUAUAUGCCGACGGAGGAGGAGUGGGCGGCGGGGGGAUUCGACGAGCAGUGGAAGAAUAUGCCUGAGUUUGCCAAGCCGAGUGUCGGAUAUGCCACGGCGCCAGAGGACCAUGAGCAUUGCGAGGUCCUGGAGGGUAUUCAGAAGCUUGCAAUUGGAGAGAACGAGAACCAGUGUGGUGCCUGGGAGUGA